AUGGAGAUGUCUGAGCUUCUUGCAAGCGAAGUUGUAUCUUCCGGCCCGGAUUACGCGAAAAAAUCUGUAGAUGGAUUGAAUAUGACUGCAGCUAAUGGAACAAAUGAUACAUUGAUGACUUUGGACGAGUAUUUGAAUAAAUCGUUGCCCUUACACCUUGAGCAGUUGAUUUUGGAUGCCAAUCAAAAGGAACUAUUUGAUUCAGCUGCGAAAUCGUUACUAUCAUCAACUUUGUUGGCUAAACAGCAGCAGUCGCUGCAAAUUGCGCCCAUUCAGCCCCAAUCAUCGUUCUCUUCCCAGUCAUUUGCUGAGGGUCUCAUAGUGGGUCAAUUAAGUGUGAUAGUAGCUUUGAUUUUUGUUAUCAAAUUCUUCGUGUUUAGUGAAGGCGGUACUAAGACAGCUACCGCCAAAAGUGUUGGUUCAGCAUCAUCUUUCAUGGAUUCUACUAAGAACAGCAUACUUUCAACAAUUAUAAAAAGAGGAGGGAAGGAUGGAUUGGAAGUUGAUGAUAAGGACAAUGAAAAAUCAAGACAGAUCAAUUCAAUCUUGGAAAAGACAUACUAUAAUGUUGAAACACACUCCCCAGAAUCAUUGGACUGGUUUAACGUCCUUAUUGCUCAAACAAUCCAUCAAUUUAGGGAAGAAGCCCUACAAAAGAAUAAUAUACUAAACUCAUUGAAUGAUUUUAUUGAAAGAAGAUCAAACGAGCUUCCUCAAUAUCUUGAUCAGAUUAAAAUUACAGAGGUAGAUAUUGGAGAUGAUUUCCCCAUAUUUUCAAAUUGUAUAAUCCAAUAUUCACCUAAUUCUAAUAAGAAGCGUCUUGAAGCCAAAAUUGAUAUCGACUUAAGUGAUAGAUUGGCUCUGGGGAUCGAGACGAAAUUAUUGCUAAACUAUCCGAAGCCAUUUUCAGCAGCACUACCCAUAAAAUUGACUGUUUCCAUCGUUCGAUUUCAAGCGUGCUUAACAGUAUCUUUAACGACUGACGAACAAUUCGUACCGACAUCUGAGGAAACAAAUGAUGAUGAAAUGGGAAACGAUAAAGGAUAUUAUUUGAUGUUCUCUUUCAAUCCUGAAUACAGGAUGGAAUUAGAGGUAAAAUCAUUGAUUGGUGCCCGUUCGAAACUGGAAAAUAUACCUAAAAUUGCCAGUCUUAUCGAAUAUCAGAUAAGUAAAUGGUUUGUGGAAAGGUGCGUAGAGCCUAGAUUUCAGUUUGUGAAGCUUCCAAGCAUGUGGCCACGGAGCAAGAAUACCAGAAAGGAAAAGACCGACACUGAUGAUUCUGUUUCAGUGAAAUCUAACGACUAA